AUGGUUGGAGAUUGUGUGGAAGGGUUUAGUUCUACCAAAAGUGGAGAUAUUCCUUUGACAAAUUAUUCAUCAGAAGUUGGCUGUCAAAACUGUUUUACUGAGAAGAGGAGUCAAAGAUAUCGAAAACCCACUAUGGUAGCGUCAUGGUUUUUAGCUAAAAACAAGGAUGUGUCUAUUCAAGUGAACCACCUUGUGGGAGAUCUUACUUUGGCGGAUAUGCAUAUGUCCCCCUCUAACUUUCGUCUGUCAAGAUUAAAAUGGUGUCCUCCUCCUACCGGUUAUUUUAAGAUGAAUGUUGAUGGGACUGUUAACUUUGACUGGAGAAGAAGUGGUGUUGGUGGAGUUCUUAAAGAUACUGAUAUUAACAAGCUGCUUUCCUUCUCUAGAGCAUUAGGACCUUAUUCUCCUAUUCUUGCUGAGAUUUUUGCGAUCAAAGCGGGGUUAGUAGCGUUUUUUGAUUCAGUUUGGAGGGACAAGGGAAUUAUGAUUUUAAAAAUUGACUCGUUUCUUGUUGUGAAGUGGAUCAACAGCCCGGAACUUUGCCCGGUUCACCUUGUUGAUUUGAUUACAGAAAUUCAGAAGACAGUUGUGCAUUCUAAUAUUAUUAUUAAGCAUAUCGGCAGAUGUAUUAAUGAGGAAGCUGAUUGUCUAAUUAAGUCAGGAAUUGGUUAG